AUGGUUGAUUCUUUGAAGCCUGAAGUAAUCUUGGUCAAUUAUUCCCAUCAGAUUACAAAAAUGAAGUGGUUACAAAUUUUUCUUGCCGUGAUCGCACGCCAAUCCGUUUAUACUUAUAACUAUUUGGUGGUAUCACCGUUAUUUGGCCAUUCUCAUUCUCAUUUCUUGGGAACAAUUGCUGACACAUUAACAGAGGCUGGUCAUAAUGUGACAGUACUAAUGCCAAUUAUGGAUCCGGAUAUGGAAAAUCAAACAGGCUUAAAGCUGACCACACAUGUACUGAAGGUGCCUGCGGACAAUCGGACAGCGGCGAUGUUCCUCCAGAAAGCACGAUCCACGGCAAAACUAUGGGAUCUGGAUCCGUCAGCGUAUGGUAUGAUUGAGCUUGCCAUCCUGGUAGCGAAAAGUUUCACGUGGCAAUGUGAAAAGGUGUUAAACGAUGAAAAUAUCAUGAAUACGCUUCAUCGCUUACAUUUCGAUGUCGGCAUCGCUGAACCAUUUGAUAUUUGUGGUUUUGGCUUAUUCGAAGUGCUCGGCGUAAAAUCCACUAUCGCCGCCACCUCAUGCGUUCAAGCUGAUCACGUGUCGAAAGCGAUUGGAUUGCCUGUGGCUCCAAGUUAUGUGCCAGGAUCGAUGUCGACAAAAAGCGAUGUGAUGAAUGUCGUGGAACGAUUGCGUAACGUGGUCGAAACAUUUCUGGGCAGACAAUUUUUUUACACACUUUUUGAAAUGGAAAUUACGAUGUUUCGCGUUAAGUAUGGACAGGAUUUUAAAGGUUAUGAGGAACUAUUAGCUCAAGUUUCCUAUGUGUUCACGAAUUCAAAUCCAUACCUUGACUAUCCACAUCCUACUAUACAUAAAGUGGUUGACAUCGGAGGUAUUGCUGUGUCCUUUGAUGCCAGAAGGAACGUACUACCUCAGCAUAUCGAUGAGAUCCUGAAGAUCCGAAGAACAAAUGUGAUCAUUUCCUUUGGUUCUGUGGUUAAGGCUUGCUAUAUGCCGGAACAUUAUAAGAGUUCGUUGCUAAAAGUGUUCGAGUCAAUGCCAAAUACAACAUUUAUAUGGAAAUACGAGAUAGAGGAUUCACGGAUUGCAGCACAUCUUCCUAAUGUUCAUCUACUAGCGUGGUUACCGCAAAAUGCUCUGCUGGCUGACCCAAGGAUUUCCGCUUUUGUCACUCAUGGUGGUCUGGGAAGCACCACAGAGAUAGCGUAUAUGGGGAAACCGGCAGUUAUGGUACCACUUUUCGGUGAUCAAAUCCGUAACGCAAAUAUGUUGGCGAAACAUGGAAGCGCUAUUGUCCUCGAGAAAUACGACAUAGCUAAUCACACUAAGGUGACGGAAGCAAUUGAACGCGUAGUUAAUGAUCAGAGCUACAACAAAAAUGCCAAAAUACUUGCGGAAAUACUUUUGAAUCAACCAAUAAGUGCAAAAGAAUUGAUGCUCAAGCAUGCGGAGUUUUCCGCCAGAUUUGGACGUCUCCCAAAUCUGGAUCCGUAUGGUCGUCAUCUAUCCAUAGUACAAUAUUAUCUCAUUGAUGCGAUCUCUUUAGUCGUAGUCAUCGUUUUUAUCGUUUCUUACAUCCUUUACCGAGUUUCGAGGAUAUUUUGGCGAUUAUGGGCUCAAAAACAGAAAAUUGAUUGA